AUGGGACUGACAGAGAGACCCGACUAUGCUACGAGCAGUUGCAUUACCGUCAGUAAAGGAGUAUUGUCAUCCUCCUCACCGAGAAGGAUAAGCUCGGAUCUGCACACCGUCAACGAAGAUUCCUUGGCCUUGAUUCUCUCCUAUUUGGAUUGCACAUCGGCCUAUACGCUGUCACGUCUCACGAGUUCUCGUUUACGACGAGACACCAGCUCGGCCAAAAUGGCUCACGUGUGGCGAGACAUUAUGAAUCGACAAGGAUACUGUGUCGAACCACAGACGAUGGGUCACGCCGUGGACACACCCAUGGACUUUGUGGAACUUUGGAAAGCACGGCGACGAUUGGAACGUGUACUGAUGCCUUCGAUUCGCAACGUCACUAGCCUUACUCCACCAACAAUCCCAACUUGCGAAGCACAACUGCAAAGUAUAUUCCACCAGACCAUGUGUUACAAUUUGCCAGAUUCCACCUUUUGCUUUCUUCCCGUACUACCCCCGAUUGGGGAACUUUUGGAGGCUUACGAACGAGACAAUGAUGCUCCCCCGGUAAACUUUGAUUGCGACAGUUUUGUACUGACCGGUGUGGGAACUUCGCCAGAAUUGGCCUUUCUGGAUCCCUUUACUGGCGCGCUCGAAAUUCGAAACGCCAGCGUCGGGAAAGGUACUACGACCCCUCCACAAACCUUGCUCCGCUUGGACGACUCUUCCAAGCUGGAGGCGCGCAAUUAUUUUGCAAAUGCGGGACACGACGAGAUGGAACUGGGUAUGUGUUACGUAGGGAUUGACACGAAAGCGAUCUGGCAACCCGGGCUGGGGAGAACACAAGGAUCCGUGGUACUGGUGGGACGAUCCCUGGUCCGCUACCGGACGUCCCGGUCGACCCAACAUUCUCCGUUUCGUGCGGUGGAAUUGAUGGCUUGGUUUCGUACGCCAUCUCGCGCCGUGUACGAGGAUUUGCACGUUUGUCGUUUUUACGGAACGUUCCAGGCAAUCGAUGUGGAUGCUCGGUAUCGACGCGUUUACCUAAGUCCUAGUCGUCGAUCGUUGGGAUCUGACGAAGCUACCCACGAGGUUGUAGAAACCAACACCAUUCACGUCUAUCCUUUGCAACGAAUAGAAGAACGGGAAGAACAGUCCAACGAAGAAAACUCGUACGCUGCGACCGGACCACCGUGUUAUCCCGUACCGACGUUCUCGAUAGAAUGUCGCGAACCUGUGUACGAGCUAGCCGUGGAUGUGACGGGCGAUUUUUGCGUAGUUGGUACAGUCCUCGGUUCUUUGCAAAUAUGGAAAGUCCCUGCCCAACCAACUCCUGCCUGCUCUGUUCCUAGUCUGCAGCAGAUGAUUCCGGUGUCUUUGGCUACGCGGGAAGCCUUCCCACCGCACCGACGACCGUACGUAGUGUGGAACCCUUCCCCGGUCCGGGACGUGUCAUUGCCGAAACACCUGCCGAUGCACAAGUUUGGGAUGGUAACUCUCCAACACGGCCGAAACGAUGGUAGUUCCUUGCUGCUGUGGCAAUACGAUGCGAAAAAAAGUUGGAGUAUUGGCAGCAUGAUCCAUUUGCCCUUGUCGUCCCGGCGUGUUCCGAAAAUUUUUUACGAUGGCCGGCGAUUAGUAGUUUUGGGACAGGAUUAUAUUGGGAUGGUACUGCUUGUGUACCGGGUAUGGAACGGUCGGGAUGAGAUUGCUCCCGAUGUGUUGGACCUGGGCGUGGAGACUGCGGGCGGGGUGUACCAUUUGGAUGGGAACAAUGGCAAGGCGAAGGUGCAAUUGGUCAACCGAAUUCGACACGUGGCCUUAGGAGGCUUGGAAUAUUAUGACCACGUCCAAUUGACCUGCAACGAACGAUAUUUGGUCAUGAAUACCAAAAUGGGUAACCACUUGGCGCCCUGGGGUCCUACCGGAGCCAAUAAAGUUGAACUUGGAAAUGACGUGUGUCGGUACGCCGACGGAUUGCUGGUCAUUGAUCUGGAACGGGCUGCGCCGGGGGAUACGGCUCACGUUUACAAUUAG